GAAUAAGCAAUCCAACUUGAUAGGGCGAUUGUUGCGUUUGAUGAACUCAAUCAACUUCAACUCGCUUAAAGUCACCUGUGGCGGGUUUUUGUACGCUUUGUUCAACGAAGAUGCUGAACAUCUCGUCAGUAAAGUCGGUUAUGGUCCUGUUGCCGGUUUCUUGAUGUCGAUUGGAAAGCCAGGCGUGUCUUCGAGUAGUGAACAUCAACCUCCAACAGAUGUGAAUCCUAUCACUGGAGCGUUUUAUCCUCCAGAGGUCGAAGGAUCACCUGAAGACGAGAUGUCUGAGCAAGAACGUGAGAAGGAGGCUGAUCGGCUCUGCGACUUGUUUGACCGAUUAAAUCGAAAUGGAGUCAUCAAAGUAGAAGAUCCAAGACGAAAAGCUGUUGAAACAGGUCGUUUCACUGUCAUUGAAGAUACUGUUAAUAAAGAAUUGGAAUUGGAGGAGGAGAAGGAAGAACAGUUGGCAUUGAAAGAAUUGGAAAGUUAUAAACAAAGGCUUAAGUCACAAACUGCAAAUUCGAAUGAAAACUCAAACCCUUAAUCUCGUUCUUUCACUUCACCAGACGGUUUGUCAUCUGUGCCUGCAUUCAAUGCGGCCUUUGGUAGAAUGAAAUUAUUCGCUUGUAUCACCCUCAAUUAGGAUCAUGUAUCUCAAGUUUGUAGUAUCCUUUGAAUCGUUUAGAUCAAGCUUUCAGAAGUGUAUAUUUGAAGGAUAUUUGAAGGUGUAAUAACAAUCCAGCAUCCACACUUGCCGUUUUCGAUAAUAGUUGCGAAUAAAUGUAAUGAUGUCUAAUUCAGUAUCUGUUG